AUGUCCAGAAUCUUCGUGAAAAAUCUUCCUAAAAACGCCACUGAGCAGCAGCUAAAACAGUUUUUUUCUGCCAAAGGAGAAGUGACUGAUGUAAAACUCCUCAAAGAAGCUGACGGAACGUUCAGACGAGUUGCCUUCAUUGGGUUCCGUGAAAAAGGCAUCUCAGAAGCCCUUACAAAAUAUUUUGACAAAAAUUACAUAGGCACCUGCAAAAUCCAAGUUGAAGAAGCCAAGCCACAAAGCGACCCUUCCCUAAAAACUUGAAGCAAAAAACCAAAGCAAAAGCCAGCAAAAAAUGAGCCACAGAAAGAAGAAGAAAAAAUCAUCGAGGAAUCCACAGAAAACUCUGAUAAUAAAAACCUAGAAAUAGACCCUUCAAGGCUGUUUUUAAGAAAUUUGUCAUAUGGGGUCAGCAAAGAAGAUAUUGAAGACCUUUUUUCUCAGUUUGGGGCUAUUGAAGAAAUCACUUUGCCGAUUGAUGCAGAAAACCAUCGGCCCAAAGGUUUUGCGUAUGUGAAAUUUGCAGCGACUGAGUCUGCGGUUCAAGCUUUUGAUAAAUUAGACAGGAGUGUGUUUCAAGGGAGACUGCUCCAUAUAAUCCAAGCUAAAAAGAAGCCUGAAGUCAUUAUGGAGUCUCGUGCACCAAGUUCUUAUAAAAAAGUGCUGGCUGCUAAGCUUAAAGAAAAAGCCAAAAAUUCUAAUACGUGGAAUACCCUGUUUUUAAACCCAGAUUCGGUAGCUGCAGCUAUGUCAAAUAAAUUGCAUAUGAGCAAAGGGGAGUUUAUGGAUACAGGAGCUGACGAUUUAGCUGUAAAAAUAUCGAUGGCGGAGACAAAGAUUUUGCAAGAAAUUAAGGAGUGGAUGGAAACCCAAGGGAUUAAUUAUGAAGCUUUUAAUGGAGAUAGAAAUUCGACUGCGAGGAGCCAAAAUGUGAUUAUUGUGAAAAAUCUGCCUGGUGGCUCGUCACUUUCGGAUAUACAGGAUAUUUUUGCAAGGUAUGGAGCGAUAGGGAGAUGCUGUAUGCCGCCUUCAAAGACUAUAGCAAUUGUGGAGUAACCCUCUUAAGGUAAGUUAGGGGAUAUAUUAGUAUUUUAAAUAUACUAUUUUCAAUAAAAAUUGAUACAAAAAAUGCUAUAUUUACUAAAUUUGGCAUAUUUAGACUCAGGAGCAGCAGAAAAUGCUUUUCAACAAGCUUCUUAUCUAAACUAUAAAUCUCUCCCCUUAUAUCUAGAAUGGGCCCCAUUAAACACUUUUGAUAGUGAAUACACAAAACCUAUCGAAAUUACCAAAGCAAGCACAAACACUUUAUUCGUAAAAAACCUUUCCUUUGAAACUACAAGACAAAAGCUAGAAGACCAUAUGAAGCAGUGUGGAACAAUCAAAAGCAUCCGAAUUGUGACUAAUAAAGGGUUACCUUGUGGCUAUGGCUUCGUUGAAUACGCCACAGAAAAAUCUGCAAGCAAAGCAUUAAGGAAUUUAAAUAAUUCUUUAUUAGAUGGCCAUGCAUUAAAAUUAUCUGAGGCAAAAACAACUAUACAAAUACCCCAAAAACGACCUAGAGUUGAAGAAGAAACCAAAGAGAAUGAUAACAGGAUCAAAUUACUCGUCAAAAAUCUGGCUUUUGAAGCCACAAAAGAAGAAUUAAAAAAUUUGUUCCAAAAUUUCGGGGAGGUCAAAAAUGUAAGAAUUCCUAGCAAAGCUCAGGGCACACAUCGAGGAUUUGCAUUUGUGGAAUUUUUAACUCACGAUGACGCAGAAAAUGCGAUGAAUUCUCUACAAAACACACAUCUAUACGGAAGAAGGCUCGUACUAGAGUGGGCACAAACAGAAGAAACUAUGAGUUCAAUCAGAAAAAAGCAGCAAGUUUAA